CCUUAAAACCCUUCCCAAUGGAUUUUCAUUUCCUCAUCCUCACGAAGCUCCACUUCUUCUUCUGUUGGCAUCAAUAAAAAAAAUAUAUAUAUAUAGGCACACAGAGAGAGCUCAGCACAAGAACAACGAUGGCUUCUACCUCUUCCUUCCAUUCAUCCACCAUGACUCUACGAUAUCUAUCAGCUCCACACAACAAUCGCCUCUUGGUGGGUCCUCACGGUCUCAAUCCCAAUCUCGUCCUGCCACGCCACUCCUUCUCUCGCUCCGUCCUCACUUUUUCUCGCCGCCGUCGAAACAACACCAACUCUGCAAUCACUUCUUCAUCCUCCAAGAAAAAGAAGAAAAAUUCGUCUCAUAAUGAUAUCAAAGAGGAUGAUGAUUCAGAUGAAGAUGCAUUCGAGGCACUUUUUAAUCAGCUGGAAGAAGAUCUUAAAAAUGAUGACCCAUCUCUAGAUGAUGGUGAUGAUGAGAUAAGUGAGGAAGAUCUUGCAAGGCUAGAACGUGAGUUAGAAGAGGCACUAGGAGAUGAUGAACUAUUGGGAGUACUUGAUUCAACUGAGGAUAAAGUCAAUGAUGGAGCUGAAGAUUACAAUGAUGAAGAAGAAGAGGGGAAAAAAACGUUGAAACUUAAAAGACAGGCAUACACUUUGAAGAAGGACCACCAUAAAACUAGUAAAAAAACGUCUCAUAAUGAUAUCAAAGAGGAUGAUGAUAUAGAUGAAGAUGCAUUCGAGGCACUCUUUAAUCAGCUGGAAGAUGAUCUUAAAAAUGAUGACCCAUCUCUAGAUGAUGGUGAUGGUGAGAUAAGUGAGGAAGAUCUUGCAAGGCUAGAACGAGAGUUUGAAGAUGCACUAGGGGAUGAUGAACGAUUGGUAGUACUUGAUUCAACUGAGGAUGAUAAAAUCAAGGAUGGAGCUGAAGAUUAUGAUGAUGAAGAAGAAGAGGAAGAAAAACCAUUGAAACUUAAAAGGUGGCAACUUAAAAGACUGGCAUAUGCUUUGAAGAAUGGCCGCCGUAAAACUAGUAUAAAAAAUCUUGCUGCCGAUCUGUGUCUUGAUAGAGCUGAUGUUCUCAAAUUACUUCGUGAUCCCCCUCCAGAUCUUCUAAUGAUGAGUGCUGUUUUACCCGAUAAACCUGUUUCAACAAUCUCAGAGCCUGAAAGCAAACCCUUGGAAACUGCUUCUUUGGAAACAGAAACAGAGACAGAAACAGAAAUAGAAACAGAAGCAGAGAAACCUGAUGCGAAGGUUGAACCAAUUCACGUCAUGCAAAGCAGAUGGUCUGCUCAGAAGAGAUUGAAGAAAGUGCAGGUUGAAACCCUCGAGAGAGUCUAUAAAAGAACAAAGCGCCCAACUAAUGCGAUGAUUAGCAGCAUUGUACACGUGACUAAUCUGCCUCGUAAAAGAGUUGUGAAAUGGUUCGAAGACAAACGUGGAGAAGAAGGGGUUCCUGAUCGACGCGUUCCAUACCAAAGGUCUACCACUGAAACUGUCUUUACCUGAAAUUUUGAUCUUCUGUUAAGACGACACUGUUGUAGUGUAUAUUCCAGAACUGAUGCAGAGUAAAUUUAUAUAGAUGUUGAUGCUUUUCAUUU